AUAUUUUCUACGCAGCCAACAUGGAAAGAAAAUUUGCUGGGAAAUCCAAACAGUCGUGCUAAUUUGACUACACAAUUAAGGGCAAUUUGCAAUCGAAUGACAAUUCAAUGCAUCACAAAACAGCACGCCUACCGCUACAAUAUGAUUCACCUUAAUUCAGUAUAAUAUGGAGUUGCUUGAAAACUAUCUUUAAAUGAAGAGAAGGAUCUUCCAGGGCAGCAAUACAAUUGAUAUUUCCUACGGCAAAUAAACAUGAUGAGCGGAGCUGAAAACGGCAACAAAACUGCGGGUUUCCUAGCCCAGUGGGCUUCACGCCACUAUUCGCAGACAUCACCAGCACCUACGAUGGUCUCGAACAUGGCUCACUCAGCAACGCACCACGUUCAAGAUGAACUCCUGAUGAGAACAAAGGCUGAAUGGGAAAAGCAGCAAGCGGCGGCUGCAGCUGCGGCCAUGUGCUACUGGAGUUACGGGGAUCAAGGACCACUGAUGUUUGGCGCCAAGGCAGACUGGAAAUCGGUAGAGCGGGGUCCCAGCUCUGCAAACCAAGACUCGGUCAAUACUGCAAGAAUUCCAAGCGGAGGGGGGCAAAGCUAUUCAAAGAAAAAGCACCAUCGGUCAUCUUCUUCCUCCUCCUCGACUGCAAUAGAAGACAACCUUGCUGGGCCCUCAAAACCCUUCCCCUGUGAUGACUGUGGCAAAUGUUUCCGACAGCAUUCGCAGCUCUCCACGCACCAGCGCAUCCACACCGGAGAUAGGCCUUAUUUGUGCAACGAGUGCCCAAAGGCAUUCAGGACACAGGGAACGUUAGCAAUUCAUCGGAGGAUACACACGGGAGAAAAACCGUACAGCUGCGAGGAAUGCGGUCGAUGUUUCAGAACGCAAGGGACACUGGUGAUCCACCGACGGACCCACACUGGAGACCGACCGUACAAGUGCCAAGACUGUGGCAAGGCGUUCGCCGCCAGAUGCAGUCUCGUGGUGCACUGGAGGACUCACACUGGCGAGAAGCCGUACAUGUGCACUGAGUGCGGCAAACUGUUUGCCAGCAGGUCGGACUCUGCUCGCCACACGAGGACACACCAGGGAGGUGCUUCGGGCAAGAAGUCACUCAUUCGAAGAGUGAUCCAAGGACACCCAGCCCUUUGAUGCUCCCUUAAUGUGUUGUUUUCACUACUGUGCCAAAUUUUUAUACCUGGCUGUUGGUUUUCAGUUUUCGCGUUGCGGCUAACACGUUUCCUAAAGUUGAAUCCAAUAACACUGCGAGUGAUCUUGUGAACUAACAUGAUGUUAUCCAAUUUUUCGUCGUUAUUCUUGUCAUUGUAAAUAAAAGUAAAAAGUGACCUUUCA